GGGGGGUGAGAUUCAGUCAGAGACUCCGGGAAGGGAGCGAGCGGAGCGGCUCCUGAUGGCUCCCCGGACCGGCCGCUUGCUCGGCCUCUUGCUUCUCGCAGAUCACCUAAUUCUGCUCACUGCCUGCAAUGAAGCCUAUUACUCCUAUCUUAUCCAACACAUUUGCUUGGAGGCCUACAGAUUUCAGAUGACUGACAUUGGACAGAAGUUCUGGUGUGACUGGGAAGCUACAUUAAGUUCCUAUGGGGAUCUCACCAACUGCACGUUCUUGAUUGCCAACAAGAUGGACUGUUUUUGGCCAAAUCAGGUGGUGGACCAAUUCUUUGUCACCAUCCAUAGGGAAUACUUUGCAAACUGUUCUGUCUCUGGGAGAGCCCUGGGGGAUCCCCCAAAUAACAUCAUAGGGCCCUUCAUUGUUGUCCCAGUGAUGAUCACACUGCUUAUGACAGCACUUGUGGUCUGGAGAAGCAAACGGAAUGAAGGCAUUGUCUAAAAGGCUUCACAACCCCUUCCAGUGGUAGAAGACAUCACGGGUUUUAGGCUUGAUCUGGUAAAGCAGUGAUACCAUUUCAGCCAACUUUACAUUGGAGAACAUCAACAGAAAGUUGAACCACAGAGUCUAAAGUUGAAUCCAAACUCACUGUUGAAUGGUCCUCCGGUGUCUUAAGAGCAAGUGGAAAACUUAAGACAUUAUAGGCAUCCACUGGUCCUAUUCAGAGAUUUUGCUCAUGUUUAUCAAAUUGCUCUGCAACAUCUGUAUUCACUUUCAAACUUUAAUACAGUACAGUAAAGACACAGUAAAGUUUAAA